AUGUAUGCUGCCAAUCUUCUUGCUCGGUUCAUGCACAAUCCAAAAAAUAAGCAUUUUGGAACGGCUAAAAGAGCGCUAAGAUACAUUAAAGGCACUUUGGAUUAUGGCUUGGAGUAUGUGAAAGGGAAGAAUGCAAUGCUAGUCGGGUUCUGUGACAGUGAUUGGGGAGGAUCAAUUGAUGACAGUAAAAGCACUUUUGGUUAUUCCUUUUCUUUUGGUAAUGGGGUAUUUUCAUGGGCUUCAGUGAAACAAAAUUGUGUAGCUCUUUCCACUACAGAAGUAGAGUAUAUCAGUGAUUUUGAGGCAACUGCAUAA